AUGGCUGAUCCAGUCCCCAUAUCAGAAACAGCCAUCAGGCUAGAAAUGCCUGCCUUCAACGCAAAUGUGCAAACGUGGUUCCUUCAACUUGAUGCAAUAUUUCAAGCCAGGCGCAUAAAUUCUCAACAAUCAAAAUUCGCGGCAGUAGUGGAAAAACUACCAGCAGAGGUAGCAGUUGAAGUAGCAGAUAUAUUAACUUCCUUCCCAGUAGAAAAACCGUACGAAAUUCUCAAGCAAGCGAUAUUGCAUAGAUGUGGUUUUUCAGAGGAGAAAAGAAUACGUGAUCUUUUAUCUAAUGUCACGGCUGAAGAUACCAAACCAUCGCAAUUACUACGAAGAAUGCAACAAUUAUUGGGCGAUAAUGAUAUAUCAACCACGGUAUUCCGACAAAUGUGGCUGGACAAACUACCACCAGAUGUAGUACGAAUUUUAGCUGCAUUGGCGGAUGAUAUGGAUAUCCAGAAGCUUGCGACAAUUGCGGAUAAAAUAACCGACACGGCACCAAUUAAACAUAUUUCCGCAACUAACACAGGGGAUGGCCUUGUGCCAGACAUCGAUCGACAAAUACAAAAACUAUCUACAGACCUGCAAGAAAUAUCCAUACAACUACGUGAGCUACAGAAUUCUCACGCAAGCCGACGCGAUAAAUGUUAUACCAAGCGUAACAAACAAAAUUGGAGAUCAAAUUCUCGGCACAAAUACCAACGACAACGAAAUGGCUACCAAAACGAAAAAUGUUGGUACCACGAAAAAUUUGGCGCGCACGCUAACAAGUGUAGACAACCCUGUUCAUACAAGAAAUCACCAACCAUUAAACAAGAGGGAAACGAACAUCCUGGCAUUCAGUAG